GCCCUUCAUUUCCCAUUUAUUAGAAUUGUUACGUGCAUAUCCAGUUAUUUGGGUGUUUCCCCUAUCUGGUUUGUCAUUGAUUUAGGGAUCCAUACAGUUCUGUCUUUCUGCCCCGUUAGUUUUUUUUUGUGUGUGUGUUUGUUGAAGCUGAUGUUGAGGAGUAUCUUGCUUCGUGGACUAACUUUAAAUUUCCUUCAUUGCCGAUUUGUUCUGUGUCUUUCUAAAAACAAUUAUGUGCAUAUACAGUUAUUUGGUAAUUUCAUUCAUUUAGCUAUUCUUUUGAUCCAAAAGUUUCUGUCUUUAUGCCCUUUUAGCUUUUUUUUUUUUUUUUUUUUUGUGUGUGUGUGUGUUUGUGUUGUUUGAUUUGAUGUCUAGAAGUUCAUUGCUUUUGACCCAAUUCAUGGACCAACUGUAAAUUUCCUUCAUUUCCAAUUUGUUCUUUGUCUUUUUCUAAAAACAAUUAUGUGCAUAUACAGUUAGUUAGGCGUUUUCAUUGAUUUAGCUAUUUUUUUUAUCCAAAAGUUUCUGUCUUUUUUUUUUUUUUUUUUGUGUGUGUGUGUGUGUGUGUGUUUGUUGAAGCUGAUGUUGAGGAGUUCAUUGCUUUUUACCCGGUUCAUGGACCUACUGAGUUCAUUGCUUAUGAUCCAGUUCAUGGACCAAGUGUAUGCCUUCAUUUCCGAUCCACAUAGUGUUAAGAGUUCCACAUCAGAUAUGGGAUGGCUGAGGACUGCUAGGGAAGCAGCAAAGUUUGGUGCUGUAGGAGGUCUAGUUGGAGCUGUCUCAACUGCAGGAGUUACUUGGAAGUACUCAAGGAGUCUUCAUGGCACUGCAUUGUCUUUUGGAGCCGGAGCUGUCUUUGGCUGGACAUUCGGACAGGUAGUUGCCAACCACUGGCUGCAGCUAUACAGGAUGGAUACCAUGGCUUCACAGGUUAAAUUCAUGGAAUGGUGGCAGAACAAAGUUGAAGGACAAUCUUAAUUUUCUCUUCCUGUACAAGAUUGAGGAAACACAAAUUUGGUGAUGCCAAACGAACAUUUUCUUAUCGGCAAUAAAAAUAUGUGGUAGUGUUCAA